AUGCCAGGUAGUACCGCCUCUGGCCUUUCAUCAUUGUCUUCGUCCUCAUCUCCGCGACACAGGAGGGGUAGAGUUGCGAGCUCGGUGGGUUCGAGUGGGAGACAGAGGGGGUAUAGAGGGGGUGGCCAUCAAAGUAGAAGUGCGAGACGAGCUGCUGUAGGAGAAGUUGAGGAGGAUGUAUACGAGGAGGAUAGUGAAGAUGAAGAUGUGAAUGAGGGGGGAGAGAACGAGGAAGAUGAAGAUGAAGAUGGCGAAGAGAGUGAGGAUGAGGAAGAUGAAGAGGAAACAAAACCUUCCCCGAGAAGACGUAAUGCCGAACCUGCUAUCCCAGAUAGAAGAAGAAGGAGAAGAAGAAGAAGAAGAGGUACUUCCAGUCGCUCAUCUGGACAUUCAGCAAAAUCCUCUCGAGGAUCCCAUGGCUCAUCGGGAAAGCAUGGGAGGGGGAAGGGAAGAGAGAAAACCAAGAAGAAUAAAAGCAGAAGUAAAACUAAAAGUAAAAAUGGAGAAGGAUCGGGGUUUUUUGGAAAGUUGAAGAGUGCAUGGGCGAGAGUGACAGGGUCGCCUCGUAGAAAACGAACUGUUUGA